AUGGCGUCGUUCGAUGAAGCACCUCCCGGAAACCCUAAAGCCGGUGAGAAGAUCUUCAGAACCAAAUGUGCUCAGUGCCACACCGUCGACAAAGGUGCCGGUCACAAACAAGGACCAAACUUGAACGGUUUGUUUGGAAGGCAAUCUGGAACAACUCCAGGGUAUUCUUACUCUGCUGCUAACAAAAACAUGGCCGUGACGUGGGAGGAGAAGACCCUUUACGAUUACUUGUUGAACCCAAAGAAGUAUAUUCCUGGGACGAAAAUGGUGUUUCCUGGACUGAAAAAGCCACAAGAUCGUGCCGAUCUCAUUGCUUAUUUGAAGGAAGGUACUGCAUAG